CAAAUCAAUGAAACUUCAAUUAUUGUAAUACUUUUACCUGAGAUCAAUUAAACUCAUUUAAUUAAUUAGCCGAUAUGGAUCAAGACGCGCAGGAGGAAGCUCUCAAAAUCUCCAAAGUGAGACGGGAGGAAGAAUGGCAAAAAGUCCGAAACCCGGAUGUCAUUACCGAGAAGGAUAAAGAAGAAGAUUUCGAGACUAAAACCCUGUAUGAGCGUCUAUCUGAGAACAGAGAGCUAAAGAGGCUGGAAAUAGAGGAGCAGUUCCGAUACAAAAACAUGGUGUACAGUGGUCUGGACAACGACGAACACAAGUUCCUUCAGGGAUGGGAGAACUCUAAGAAGAAACAACUUAGCGAAAGGAACAAGAUGGAGAUUGAGGAACUUCAAAAGUUUAAGGCACGAAUAGUUGAUCUUGAUGCGCAGUUAGAUAUCACCACCCAGCUUGUAACCCCGGUCCUGCCUAAAUCUACUGCUGUAUCUAGACAGAAGCAACUACUGAGUGGAGCUGUAAAACGAAGAAAAGUAGAACCGAAGAAAGAGCCAGAACCCAAAGCUGCCUCCGCUGGUUUAGCAGGUUUGGCAGCCUACAGUGACUCUGACAGUGACUCAGACUCCAACAAAAAGGAUGCUGAGAAGAAGAAGGGAAGUGGUAGUUCCAGUUCCAGUUCCAGCUCAGGAUCCAGUUCGAGUGACAGUGAUUCUAGUAGUAGUUCCAGCGGAUCUGAAUCGAGGAGGAGAAGGAAAAAGAAAAAACCUUCUUGGGAGUCAGGCCCUCAGGACAAGAAAAACGAAAAGAACGAUUCUGACUGAGACUUUUAGUCUUUUUAUCCUUUUACUCGGUUAAUUGUCCAGUGGAAUUUCUGUAACUUCCUGACCGAAACAAUACAUCAUGCAUUCUUUGGGGUUGAAAAGAAUCAUAUUGCGGUGAAGGUGAUUUAUGUUAUAAACGGUUAGUUAGUCGGUGUAGUUCUUGUAAUCUGUGUACAUUUGAAAGUACAUGACUGGAAGAACUAAUUAUGUAUUCUUUGGGUUUGAAAAGGAUCAAAUUGAGAUGAUUUUCAUUUGUAACGACUCGUUUGUCAAUGGAAUUCUCAUUAGAAGCUAAAUGACUGAAAUGGAAGCACGAUUUAGUGCAUAUCCUGGAGAAGCAAGGAAUCAAAUUGGGAUAAUUUCAAAGGACAAUCAUACUCAGAAUAGAAUAAAUGAAAAUCGCUUAUAUUACUCAUCAUAUCUGAUCUGAUGGGAAGUUUGUCAGGAUAUUAGGGAAUAGGGAUGGCACGCACCAGGCUCCUAAAAGCUUGAUGUACGUUUUCUUACUGUAACUGAAGUAAAUAAAAUAAGAAAUCUUAUCAGUAUGUGUACGAGGGAGAGGGUUAUGAGCCAGCCAACUUUCGAGCAGUUAUUUCAAAUAAUAGUAGAUAACUUGUGAGAAUAUGAUGUUUUAACGAUACUGUAUUGAUGAAGGUGGACGGUUAUUUCUUAUCUUCGAUAUUUAGCUUGUGAUACAUCAAAGUAUGUCUGCCAUGGUUCGUUAUCAAUUUGUUCUUAUCAAAUUAUUUCAUUUUCAAAGCCCUUCAGAUUGAGGAAUUUUAUCUGUUUCAAAUGUUGUUCAAGCUGAGUAUUCCAGAUUUUUCUCAAUGA